AUGCUUUUUAGAAGUCCCAGAGAUGCUUACACUACUACAAAAGAACCUAAAGAAAAAUUGCUUUGUGACAGCAAGACGGCGGUGCACGCCACAGACGGGCUGGACUGGGAGGACAAAGAUGGCCCGGCGACCUUGGUGGGCAGCGUGGUUCACUCGAGGGUCCUCAACCCCCUGCGCCUGUUUGUGAAGCCGCCUGCGGUCCCGAAGCCCGGGCACCUGGCCUACGCCGACAGCUUGGACACCUUCUGGGACUGGCUGGCCAACAUCACGGAGGCCCAGGAGCCCUUGGCAAGAACUAAACGGAGGCCGAUAGUCAAAACGGGAAAAUUUAAGAAAAUGUUUGGCUGGGGUGACUUCCAUUCCAACAUUAAAACCGUUAAACUCAACCUGCUGAUCACGGGGAAAAUCGUGGACCACGGCAACGGGACCUUCAGUGUUUACUUCCGACACAACUCCACGGGCCUGGGCAACGUGUCGGUGAGCUUGGUGCCCCCCUCCAAAGUGGUGGAGUUCGAAGUGUCCCCGCAGUCCUCCCUGGAGACCAAGGAAUCCAAAGCUUUCAAUUGCCGCAUCGAGUAUGAGAAAACAGACCGGGCGAAGAAGACGGCCCUGUGCAACUUCGACCCGUCCAAGAUCUGCUACCAGGAGCAGACGCAGAGCCACGUGUCCUGGCUGUGCUCCAAGCCCUUCAAGGUCAUUUGCAUUUACAUUGCCUUUUACAGCGUCGAUUACAAACUCGUGCAAAAGGUCUGCCCCGACUACAAUUACCACAGUGAGACCCCUUACCUGUCCUCUGGCUGAGCCCGUGCGCAGUGAUGGGAAGGAGGGACGGGUCUGUGUUGCAUUAGAAUGACCAAGAACCACGCCAGCUCUUCAGGGGAAAGGAUCCUGUUUAUAGCAGUGAACCUUAGUUCCCCAAGAGGUUUACAAAUUUAAAAAAGAAAAAAAAAGAAAAGGGAAUGAAACAUCUUUCAAUGUAAAGUGUGUUUGUUUCGAUCGUAAGUACCUUAAUCGGGAGAGUCAAACUGUUUAUGAAGCCAUCAUUUUCCCGUAGGAUGGUGCAGGCCUCCGAAUACUGUUUCCCUAAAAGAAGCGUCAGUGGUCCCAACAUGUAACGAGAAAGAAUCGAAUUAUGCAUGUGAUAAACAUUGCUCUUGAAAUGAGCCUGCCUUGAACUAUGUUUUGGACGGUUACCUUAAAAAUAGCAGAUUCAGUAAAGUCACUGAGAAGAUUGUAUUUGAUAGGUGACUUGCACUUCUGACAUGGGAUUUUUUUUUUAUUGCUGUCUUCCCCCUGCUCCCCACCCCACAUCUGUGCUGUUACUGAGAUGAGAGAUGAAGGGGUGAAAUUUGUUUCAACACUGGUGUGUGAAGUUACAGUCCAACAGUGCAACUAAAUACAUUAUUAUCGGAGCUGGAGUUGGGUGAGUGUGAUAUAAACAGCCCUAUGUUGGUCACCGUCCUUAUAAUUCUCGUCUGAGUAGUAAUAUUGGUGUAUUGGGAAAGCAAACCUGGAGGUAUUGUAAGUCAAUUCAACAAUAAUGAAGAUCAUGAUGCUUUUAGAUUCUUUUGCCAAAUUCAGUGCUGUGAGAGCUUGUAAAAAAUGUCAUAACUCUGCAUUCACCCUAUAACCUAUAAACUCUUCCUACUCAUUUGGUGGUAUGAUUUUUCUGUACAUGUGUAGAACAACUCUGAAAUGGGGAGAAAGUGAAUGUUUCUCAGGCUGCAGAAGGAGGAAACUUGCAAGUGGAAGGGGAUUACAGGAUUAUGGAUUCAUUACUUCCAGCCUCCCAGGUUAAGUUCUCCUUGCAUUGUUAAUUAUUUGAAUGGAAGAUUCCAUGUGAAAAUAGUCUAUUUAAACAUGACCAAUUAUUAUUAAGUACUAAUAACCAAGAUACCUGACUCAUCGGGCUUUUGAAAGUAUUUAAAAAUUAAUGUUUCUACACAGUUGAUGUACGUGCUGUCGUCUCUGAGGGGUGGACUGUCAGCCUGGAUGGUAGAACAGAAUUAGCACAGAAUGAGGGGCUGGGUGACCAGUGAAAAGGGUUUUAGAACUCAUAAGACUCAUAGAAUGGUUACCUUUUUUUACAUAUUAAUUUUUAGGUGUUUACUCCCCCACCCCUUCUUAUCUGUAAAAUAUCAGUUAAAAUAAAGCAUUAAAUUGAGGACUGAAGGAAAACCAGUCCCAACCAACAAAACUGCUCCCAGCACAUUGUUGAAAAAGUCAACAGCUCUGCUGUCUAUUUUGCAUCUCCAUCCCUUUCCUUUCCUUGCUCUCUGCACCGUGUUUCAUUUUUGUCUUUUUGUAAAAAUUGUACUAGGCUUAGUGUGUGGUAGUGCAGACUUGAAAUUUUUGCUCUGAGUUCAUCAGGUGUUUUUGUAAUUUUGUGGUUGGUGUGAAAUAUUUUGAGACACUUUUAUUUUCGUCUAGAAACAAGAUUAAAAUACUAUUUAUUGUAAAAUAUGUGGGAACCAUAGAUGUAUAUAUAUAUACUUAGAAUUUUCUGUGUACAGAGAAAGUAUGUGUACACAUUUCUAUGUAAAU